CAACAACCUUGUCUUCUCCACCUCGACAGCCUUGAAGAAGCGGGGGUCUGUCCGAGCUUGAUAAGGAAUAUCUCGCGCCUAUCAGUCUUCUCUUUCGGGACAUCUAGUCCUCUAUCAACGCUGCGCGCCGUGUCGCAAUCUCGCAAUCUCACAAUCUCAAGAAUGCGUGCCGAACUACCUUGUAGAGGCUUCUGUUCAGCAAGUCUAUCAAUACUUGUGUAAGCUUGGAGAAGAUAUAAGGUGGUGUACUCGUCUGCAGUGUUCAAUUCCAUCAUCAAUCGCUCAAACUACUAUCAAAACCGACUUUUUAUCCUGUCUAUCAGUCUAACUUCCAACAUGUCUGCCCCUGUUGCCAUGAAGCACUUUGCGAACGCUCAGAAGGAGUACAAGCCCCCGCUCAUUGCCAAUGAAAACGCCUUCCUUGGCGAUGUCUACAGCAGUGAUCAAAUCAAUCCCGAGCAUCCCAUUAGCUGCGGCUUCUACAGGCUGGAAAAGGGUACUCCACUUGUCUACACAUACACCUAUGACGAGAUGAAGAUUAUCGUUGAAGGUCAAUAUACUAUCUCGGAUGAGACGGGCAACAAAGUAGAGGCCAAGCCUGGUGAUGUUUUCUUCUUUCCCAAAGGUUCGACUAUCACCUUCACAACCGAGGACUAUGGUUUGGCCUUCUACACUGGCGCCAGAAAGGAAGGUGCUGCGUGAAUGUGGGGCCCAAGCGAUGUGAGCUCGCUGCACCGGAUGAUGACUCAACAUAGAAAUCACGAAAUAUAUGAAUCAAGAAAUCAUACUCGAGAACCUCAUCCAUCAAUGUUG